AUGAUUGAAGAUUAUACACAAUAUACACAAAUGAAUUAUGAUUGGUUAAAAAAUUUAUAUGUUAAUAGUAGAAUUAAUUUAUUCCCGGGAGAAUAUGUUCAAACUAUAUUAGAUAAUUAUAAUUAUUUAAUUGGAAUUAACACAUAUAAUAGUAAUAAUAAUAAUAAUAAUAAUAAUAAUGGUAAUAAUAGUAAUAGUAAUGGUGAUAAUAGUAAUAGUAAUAAUGGUAAUAGUAGUGGUAAUAAUAAUAAUAACAAUGGUAAUAAUAAUAGUAAUAGUAAUAAUAAUAGUAGUAAUAAUGGUAGUAAUCAUAAUAGUAAUAGUAACAGUAAUGAUAGUAAUAGUAAUAAUAGUAAUAGUAAUAAUAGUAGUAAUAAUAAUAGUAAUGGUAAUAAUAAUGUUAAUGGUAAUGGUAAUAAUAAUAGUAAUAAUAAUUAUAUUCGGUUUCAACAUCAAAUCAAUAAGGAUACAUUAUCAAAUCAAUUAAUGAAUAAUAGAAACAUCAAUGAUCAUAGAGACAAUAGCAGUGCUAAUUAUGAUAAUAUUAUAAUUGAUACUGAAGAGAUAUAUGUGGUGAAUGAAGAGAAUUCAUUAUCUUUAUUACAAACAGAUAGUUGCCAAGUAAUUGAUCAAUAUGAUAUGAAGAAUGUUAAUGAAGAAUGUAAUUGUAAUGAAGAUUCAUCAUUAGCACAAAAUCAAUAAAUGUUCAAUAUUCAAUACUCAAACUCAACUAGAUCUUCUAACUAAAGAGAACUAUAUAAAUAGAUAGAUAGAUAACUGGAUAAUUAUUUAUAAUCAGUAAUGAUUAUAGUGAAAUAAGGAGAUCUAUCAUGUUUUUUCGUUGUUUUGUAUAGAAUGAGUGUUUUUCUUUCUUUUUCUUUUUUUUUCUUUUCGUUUCUUUUUCUUUUCUAUUUUGUUCUUCUUUGUUAUGAUAAAGAAAAGAAAAAAAUCUCUAUUACUGUUUGCAUUUUUAUUUGCCUAAUGAAUAUUGAAAUGAUGGAAUAUUCUAGGUGAUACAGUCUUUUUUGUUCUUUUUUUUUCAGAAAAUGUUUUUUUUUUAAUUUUUCACAUAUUUUUGUACAUUUAUUAUAAUCAGAAUAGUUCAUCAGUUUAAUGUUGCCAUAGUUACACAUAUAUGAUAAUAUCCAUGUGAAAUGGUCACUAUAUAUCAAAUAGUUUACACACAAGUUAUAUAGAUUAAUAAUAGAGCAGGAUCACUCUAUUGAUGUUCCUGGGAAAAUCAUUCUAUUCCUGACUAGUAAUAUAUGUCGAUAUAAAUAGCACAUAUCACAUCAAUUAGCAUCUUAAUUCUAGGCCCAAAUCAACGUUCACAGAACAGAACACUUUCCCACUCCUUGUUGGCAAUGACACUUAAUGUAAGUGAAGGAGAACAUAAGUGGGGACAACCAAAUGUAUGUGAAUCAGAAUAACAGUAUCUCUUAGUAAAAUCUGUGAAGCAUACAGUGAAUUUUUUUUGCAAAAUGUCAAACAAUCAUAUCAGACUUCAUGGUUUCGGCAUUUCCAUAUCAAUUACUUUCUGUUCUUGUUCUUUUCUUCUCGAUCUUAUUGACUUUCUGUUGUGAGAUAUUCUAUUCCUGACUAACGUUAUAUACUACUUAUGUAUUUUUGUACAUUUAUUAUAAACAGAAAUGUUCAUCACUUUUGUUUUCCUAUAGUCACGCAUAUAUGAUAAUUUCAGUGUAAAAUUGUCACUAUUUAUCAAACACUUUACACACAAGUUUUAUAUAUUAUUAAUAAUAAUAAAG